AUGUUGCCGUUCAUUAGUGUCUUCUAUUUAUUUCUCGGUGCCACAGCAGCCCGAAAGGCGUUCUCUCAUCGCCAUCACCAUGCAGUUGAGGAAGGCAGCCCUCUGUUGCCUAGCCUUGCAAUAUCACUUGAACUUGUCGAUUAUCAGUUGACCUGGCACGAUGAAUUCGAAUAUCAUCCAUACAGCUUGCCCUCGUCUGAGAAGUGGGUCUUUGACCUAGGGACCAAGUACCCAACUGUUGACGCUCCCCAAAAUUGGGGAAAUAAUGAGGCUGAGAUAUACACAAACUCCCCUGCAAAUACACAUGUCACUCCUUUCGGUACUCUUGCAAUCACACCACGUUUGUCAUCCAACGGUACAUGGACGUCUGCGCGAAUUGAAACUCGACGCUCAGACUUUGCAGCUCCACCAGGUGGUAAACUCUAUAUUGAGAGCAGGCUGAGAACGGGCUGUGCUCCCAGUGACAGACAACAAGGGAUCUGGCCUGCAUUCUGGGCUCUAGGAACUGACUUUAGACCAAGCUAUUCUGGUUGGCCUAAUGUGUCGGAGUGGGAUAUCUUGGAAGUUGUGAACGGCUUGCCAACGGUGUAUAGUACACUUCAUUGUGGGUAUGCACCAGGAGGGCCCUGCAACGAAUAUAAUGGGAUUGGAAAUGGUGGUGUGGCAUGGACGGGCUGUGACUGGCAUACUGUUGGCUUUCAGGUUGACCGACGUACGGCUGCUGGAAAACAUAUGGGGAAAAACACGUGGAAAAAGGAAACAUUGUCAUGGUAUCUUGAUGGAAAGAAAACCUUUGAGAUAUCAGGGUCCAGAUUCAAUGAUUCGGCUACGUGGGAGGCAAUUGCACACAAGGGCCACUUCUUGCUGCUUAACGUUGCCGUGGGUGGGAAUUGGCCUGGUCAACCCAAUGCCACUACUCUGGAUGGCGAGGCUGUUCAGAUGGAGGUUGAUUAUAUUAGGGUGUGGAAUUCGUACUGA